AUGAAUGAUUCAAACUUAUUAAAUUCCAUCAAUCAAUUGAAUUUUAAUUCUGAUACUUCCUCUUUACAACAAGAUCAGACACCAACUACUGGUGGCAACACAAUUGAUUCUAGUAAUACAAGUUAUUUUAAUAAUGAUUAUUUACCGCUUUCAUAUCAACAACAACAAUCACAACAACAAGAUUUUACAUCCAAGAAUAGAAUAUGGAAUCAAACAAACUACUCAAAUCAAAAUCAAAAUUGGCAACAACAACAAAAAUUUCAACCAUUAAGUUCAAAAGAUUCUUAUGAUAAUAGUUUUUUUGGUGAUUUAGAUUCAACUCAAUCAACAACUAAUAAAUAUAUGAAAAAUGCAUUAUUAAAUGCACCAAGUUAUAUCCCAAAUCAAUAUUCAAAUAAAUAUCCUCAAACACCAACAUCAAAUUCAAGAUUUGGUAAUGAGAUAGAUUCACAAAAAGAAGAAAUUACAAAAUUAAGAAAUGAAUUAAUUUUAAAAAAUCAAAUUAUUAAAAAUUUAACUGAACAAAUUAAUAUAAUGAUAAAAAAUAAAAACAAUAAAUCAUAUUAUGAAAUGAAAGAUGAAUCAUUAAUUUCAUCUUAUAAAAUCCCCACAAAUCAUUUCCAAUUAUUUCAAGAUUUAUCAAAAACAUUACAAGAAAAAUGUGAAGAAGUUGAUGAAUUAAAUCAAAGAAUUGAAAUUAUUUUGGUAUCUAAUCAUUUAGUAAACAACCCAAACCCCUUUUCAGUUGAUAUUGAAGAAUUAAGUCAUAAAUUAUUAAAUAAAAUGAAUCAAUUACAAAAGGAAAAUGAUGAAUUAUUGAAAAUGGUAAGUUUAAGUAGUAAACAAAGUUUAAUUGUUGAAAAUGAAUUAUUGAAAAAAGAAUUUGAAAAAAGUAACGGAUAG